AUGAAUAGUAGAGGGUCUUACCCUGUGUCACUGAGUGGUAGUGCCUUUUUCAAAGUUGGCCUUGUUUGUCCUGGCUCUUUCUGUCCCAUCGACCUUUUUUUAGCCCAACAGUCUUCAAAGGUGGCCUUGUUUGUCUGCUGCCUUCCAUUCCACUGGCCUUUUUUUAGACCUAGAGGCUUCAAAGUUGGCCUUGUUUAA